AUGCCUCACGCUCUUACUUCCCGCGACUCCACGAUGGAGUCGAAGCCAGUAGGCUCAUACCCUAACACUGGCAUCGACGUCCUCAUCGUGGGUACUGGCCUGGCUGGCCUGGUUGCUGCUCUCGAGUGCACACGUAAAGGACACAAUGUUCGUGUACUGGAGAGGAAUGCAGACAUCAACACAGCUGGUGACAUGUACUUCAUGGGCCUCAGUGCGACCCGUUUCUUGAAGCACUGGCCUGAACUGCUCAAGGAGUACAAGAAGAUUUCCCUCCACAAUGCCUGGAUUGAGACAUUCAAGCACUCUGGCGAGGUUGUCAUUGGACCCAAGAAGGUGGCGGAUCGCCUUCGCGCACAAGGGCUGGACCCUGAUACCCCUCCUGGCGAGUUCCAGAUGCGCCCGCUCGUCUACAAAAUGUUUGUUAGCGCCGUAGAGAACCUUGGUGUUUCAGUAGAGUUCAACCGCAGGGUUGUAGACUACUUCGAGGACGAGCAGACUGGCAAGGGUGGCUGUACCACCGACGAUGGCAAGCGCUACGAAGCGGAUGUGGUCAUUGCAGCCGAUGGUGUUGGGUCAAAGAGCCAGAAGCUGGUGGGUGGACAAGUGCGCGCGAGGCCCUCUGGCAGGGCUAUGUGGCGUGCUGCUUUCCCCAGGGAGGCUCUUGACAAGGACCCGGAGGUCAAAGAGUUCUUCAAGAUGAUGCCAGGGAACGAACCCAUCGUCAGGACAUGGUUGGGCCCCUCCACAUACGCGCUUACACUGUCCCGCGAGGAUGUCAUGGUUUGGAUUAUGAACCAUGACGUCACCGGUACUGAGAAGGAAUCCUGGAAUAACACCAUCGAGAAGGAAGAGGUUCUCGACGGCAUGGACACUAUGCCAGGUAUGGAAACGAUCAAGUGGGCGCCCAUCUUCAAGCAGCUCGUCGAAGUUACCCCACCGAAGACUAUUGUCAACUUCGAGCUUCUCUGGCGCAACCCGCAACCCAGCUGGACCUCUCCAGCUGCCCGCGUCAUCCAGAUUGGUGACGCUGCACACUCAUACCUGCCAGCUUCUGGCAACGGUGCGACUCAGGCCAUCGAGGACGCCAUCUCAAUAGCCUCAUGUCUACAGGUUGGCGGCAAGGAGAACAUUCCUCAAUCCGUCCGUGUGCACAUCCGUUUCCGAUUCAUCCGUAACUCCUGCGCUCAGAAGCUUGGUUUCUCCAAUGCAGAACUCCUCCAAGAUACGGACUGGGACAAGGUCAAGCUUGAUCCUCGCCGUGCCGCUCCCAAGCUGCCUAAGUGGGUAUGGUCUCACGACCCUGAGGCCUAUGUAUACGAGAACUACGAGAAGAGUGCGAAGUCGCUGAAAGAGGGCGUUGACAUGAAAGAUGAGGACAAGUUUGAGCCCAACUACCCCAGGGGCUACAAAUACGAGCCUUGGAGCAUCGAGAAGAUCAUGGAUGACAUGAGGGCGGGUAAGCCGAUUGAUCUUGGAGCUGGUGACUGGGAGUAA